AUUGGUUCUCUUUCUUUGUCCUCGCAGAGCAUUGAACCAGAAAACAACGACGGAGUGGGCGGCGACAGGAAGAGGAGGUGACUUGUGCAGAGCGACAUGGCUAUGGUGUAGUUUGCUGCUCGCGUCGUUCGCGCUGUCGUAAGAGCGAAGGGUGUCGUUGCGUGCAUGCCUGGUAGGAAGACGGCAGCGUGUGUGUGUGUGUGUUUUGCAAGCGCGGUCGUAGGACGGCAGGGUGUGUGUGUGUGGCUUGCACGCGCGCGCUGGCGUGCGAGAGUGAAGAGGGUGGGUGUUUUCUCGCGCGCGCCAGAGACAGGUAAGGUAGGGUGGUGGUGCCUGCGUGUGACACGUGGGACGACAGAGGGGGGAGGAGGGGGCCGAAAAGUGGGGUGCCAGCUGUCGUCCGGGUCGGGACCUUGAUGGCGGGGAACGGGGGAUCGGCUACGGAGAACUCUUUUCGCGCGACCGACACGUGGCGUCGGCAUCCGAUGCUAUCCCGACAGGGAAGAAAGGCGUUGCCCGGCAUGGGUAUCGCCAUCGUGCUAUUCUCGGGCUACCUUUUUGUGGAGGGCAUGUCGCGGAAGCUGGCGGAAUCCUCAUCAUCCUCUUCGGCCAAAGGUCAUUAGGGCCAUCAAGCGCCUACGGUAGCAUGACCGGGGUCGUUUUUUGGCUGGAGGGUCGUUUGGCUGGAGGGUCGUUUGGCCCGGGCGGUGGCGAUGGCGAUUACGGCGUUAUGUGGAUUGCCAGCCCGGCAGGCAUUCAUUGGCGGCGCAUGCGCGACACGCGCAACAACAGCGCAUCCGCAACGGCGACUCUUGGAGCGUCUGACGGCGGCGAAUCCGCCGCCGCAGCUACUCGCGGAGCGUCUGACUGCGGCGAAAUCGGGAAAACAAGGGUUGAUGACAGGCGCAACAAGGGUCUGGGGGAAUAGGCAUUGGGGGGCCGGGGAUUACGGGGGAAGCGGAGCGGUGGAUGCGGUGCGCGGGGUGGGAUGGCACGGGUUUCACCGCGGAACGCUCGCACCACUGAUGACAGGCUUGGUGUCCCGGUUAUGGCCAAUGAGGAGUGAAGGGGUGGGUGAUGACGGAGAUCGCAGGGGGGGGGGAAAGAAUCUGUGGCGCAGAGAAGGGGAGGCAGCGCAUUCGGAUGAUGGGAGGACGGAGUGGGGGAUUCGGCGGGCAGGAUGGUAGCGGAGAGCGCGUGGGGGCGCGCGACCAGGUAAGGUGGGGGGAAGCGGAGGAGGAGGAGGGCCGUGUCGAAGGCAAGGAGUUGGCGGGAAACAAGCUGCGUUGGCGGGAGGAUGACCGUGUCGAACGCAAGGAGUUCAAAUUGGCGGGAAACACGCUGCGGUGGCGGGAGGAGGACGAGUUGGCGGGAAACAAGCUGCGUUGGCGGGAGGAGGAGAACCGUGUCGAAGGCAAGGAGUUGGCGGGAGGAGGACCGUGUCGAAGGCAAGGAGUUCAAGUUGGCGGGAAACAAGCUGCGGCGGCCGAAAGAGCAGGAGGAAGCGACUGGAGACGUUGCGUUUGGGCAUUCCCUUCGUCGAGAGGCGCUUCUUGUGAUUGACAUGCAAAGGGACUUCUGUCUUCCGAGCGCGCCACUCUUCGUUGCAGGCGCACCGGCCAUCCUGCCGGUCGUCCGUGAAGCUGUGGCUAUGGCGAGAGAGAGAGGCGUCGUCGUUGUGUGGGUUGUCCGCGUGCAUGACCCCAGUGGGGUUGACGUUGAGAGAUCCCGAAGGGGCCUCUUUAGAUCGGGAAGGAAUGGGGGGAAUGGAGGGGUGUGUGUGGAAGGAAGCGAGGGCGCGCGACUUGUAGAUGGGCUCGUUAGUGAAGACGACGAUGUCGUUGUGGUGAAGAAGCGAUGGAGUGGGUUCUUGUUCACCCAGCUGGACCUCGUUCUUCGCCGUCUCGGCAUCACUGAUCUGGUCCUUGCCGGGAUCCAGACGCCCAACUGUGUCAGAGCGACCGCGUUCGACGCCGUGGCGCUGGAUUAUCGUACGGUAUCAGUGCUGAGAGACGCAACGGCAGCGGCAAGUCCCGACGUGCACGACGCGAAUCUUUUCGACAUGCGGAACGUGGGAAUUGCGACCCCGACGGUCGCGGAGUGGGUGUCUUCUUCUGGGUGGGAGAUAGGCUGCCAAGCAGAGUAGUAGUGGGGUCCAAGACAGUGCCGCUCACCCUCACCCCCCUGCAAUGUUGUGGAGAAGUAGCAGCAAGCGGUCGUUGUCUGUCUGUGUGACAUGAGUGUGACGAGUGUGACGAGUGUGACAUGCUUGCGCCAUGAGUGUUGUAUGACUUCGUUCGGUGUGAAUGUUAUUAAUGUUUGUUGGAGUGGAAUGCAGGUUGUUGCCGCCGAGUAGGGGAAAGAAGCUGAGUUGAAGAAGGGAGAGGGGGGAAAGAGGGGGGAGGGGAAGAGAAAAGAAGAGGGUAGGAGAAAACGAAUUGGGCAUGGCUAUGGAAAACAAAAUGGCGCCAAAAGUUUGCCUCACGUGCGCAGGGUGUUGCCGAAUGAAUGGUGGGCGACAGGAAGGAGAAGUGGAUUUUCUAAAUUUUGUUGCUUCCCGCCAAAUACCAGGAUUUCGCGCCAAAUCCCAGGACAUCGAUUGUGGGCAUACAAGGGAACGACGUCAACGGGACUUGCGAAGUGACUGUGUGGGGAUCGCGACUGUAGUGCGGACUCGUUAGUUUCUUUUUUCUGUUUUUUUCAAUUCUACUAAUGACAAGAGCGUGUAUACUUGCAGUGGAAAAAAAAAAGAAAAAAAAAAGUAUCCUGUUUCUUUGCUCAAAACAAAAGCAAUGAAAAAAA